GCCACGCAGGCAUAUUUCCCAUCAGCCAAUGAAAAGCAAGCGAGGUGGGCGUAAGGGUGAAGGCGUACCUGAAAGAAAAUGGAUUUCCAACACCAGGGAUACCGGGCAACAAAACCCAGAGCCAGAGCAUCUCCACCUACUGGGGGCCCGCUUCUUUUUGAUGACACCAGUUCUGGGCCUCCGCUCAUGAAUAACCAGAACUACUAUAGUUCAGGUUAUGACAUGGCUGCAGUACCAGCAGGAGGUCAAGAACCUGGAGUUAGCAACCUCUUUGGAGAUCCAAUGGCCAAUGCUGCCAUGAUGUAUGGCUCAUCACUUGCCAAUCAAGGCAAGGAUAUUGUGAACAAAGAGAUUAGCCGAUUCAUGUCAGUGAACAAACUGAAGUAUUUCUUUGCAGUUGAUUCCAAAUAUGUUGUGAAGAAACUGAUGAUUCUUAUGUUCCCAUACACACAUCAGGACUGGGAGGUACGUUACCAUAGAGACACUCCUCUCACACCACGCCAUGAUGUCAAUGCUCCAGAUCUUUACAUACCAACAAUGGCUUUUAUCACCUAUAUUUUACUGGCUGGAAUGGCUUUAGGCAUUCAGAAACGGUUCAGUCCAGAGGUUCUGGGUUUGUGUGCCAGCACGGCUUUGGUUUGGAUCAUUAUUGAGGUUCUUGCCAUGCUGCUCAGUCUUUACUUGCUCACAGUGCACACAGACCUAUCAACAUUUGACCUUAUUGCAUACAGUGGAUACAAAUAUGUUGGGAUGAUUUUCACAUUGUUGUGUGGAUUGCUCUUUGGCAGUGACGGCUACUUUGUUGCUCUUGCUUGGUCAUCUUGUGCCCUCAUGUUUUUUAUUGUUCGCUCUCUAAAAAUGAAGAUCCUGUCUUCAAUCUCGGCAGACUCUGUGGGUGCAGGAGCGAGUGCCAAGCCUCGCCUUCGCUUGUACGUUACCGUGGCUUCUGCUGCCUUUCAGCCAAUCAUCAUUUACUGGCUCACCUCUCAUUUGGUCAGAUGACCUACAGUGUAUUUAUACUUGGAGGAAAAUAACUUUUAAAAUGACAUGUAAUGCAGUGCUGGACCCAGGUGGCUGCAACUCUUGAAAUUUUGGCAUUGGUACAGAAAAAAGUGACUUAAUACACAUGAGAUUGUGUUUGGCGUGGAGGACUUGCUUGAUCUGUUUUAAACAAACUCUUUUAAUAUUGACUCUCUGCGUAGUCACCUGCAGAUCAAAUGUUGAAUAUAAUUAAAACUUUUUACAGGAUUUUGUUUUUCUGCCAAAAUUGGAAAGUAACUGGUGGCUUGUUUGACUGCUCUUGUGUUUUCACCAUGCUGCUUUAGUGUCACAAAAUACAGACUUUUAAGAGGCAUGCUAAUUUAUCUGCCCUGUGAUGUGAUUCUUUUGUGAUGUAAAAUUGGUGAACACAUGAUCAACUCAAGUGUCCUUUUCUGGUUAUCUGUGCAUGAACAGCCAUGCUUUCUUCUUUAUAGCAAAAUAAAUUCCACAAUUUAGAAUUUUAA